GUAAAUCAGCUGGAGUUUGUUUACUUUCUUUUGCAAUUUCUGUUCCUCAAUAAUUUUGUUUAAAAAUAUCCAAAAGAAUGAGGAACAAUUUAAACGAGUUUGAUAUUAAACAGAAUCUUCCUGGUUAAGAACUUUUACCAGGAAUUGGGUGAAUUUGUUUGUGUAAAGAACAACUACGAGGAUUUUUACGGAGGCAAGAAUAUUCAUCCGGAAAUCACCAGGGAAGUUCUCACGGAGAUAAUUAAUCUUUUUGAAGAAACUGGAAGUGUCUGGAGUGACCUUUGCUGCAGGAAUAAUCAGUUGAAUAAAAAGAAAUUCCUUCAGGAGAACUGCAAAAGUCCUCAAAAAUUUCCUAGUGAAUCUGGAGAGCAGUAUCAGUGCGAAGUCUGCAUGAAAUCAUUUUUUAAUUUAAGGAAUUUAAAGCGUCAUGUAUUGGAAUUCCACGAGAUUAAGGAUCUUUACAAAUGCGGAAUCUGCAGCAAGGAUUUUCACAAAAAGCAGCAACUUGUGCAGCACAGAAGAAGUCAUUGGGAUGAAAGAUCUCACACAAGGCAAAGGAGGAACUUUUUUGACUUCCAGCAGUGUGAGGAUUGUGGAAAAUUGUGCUUUGAUGAUUCAUAUCAAGAGCAUCUAUUAGCGCACAGUAUGGAAAAUCCUGAGAAAUGCAAUAUUUGUGGUAAAGUAUUUAAUUGCUGGAAGUAUGGAUAUCAAAUUCACAUGAUGAUUCAUCGAGGAAAUGUGGAAAAAUUAAUUUCACCUUCAUGUAAAGUGUGUGGGCAGGAGAUGGGUGGUGAAAGAACACUCAAGUUUCACAUGAAAAAAAUUCACAGAGACCAGGGAGUCACAGUUCAUGGAUCAAAUGCAUUUUAUGGAGAAGAAGAUGUUAAGAUAAAGAUUGAAGUAGAUGAUGGCAUUGAUUCAGAGAUUUUUUACCCUGAUCCCAUUAUCGUGGCACCUCUGAACGAGAUGGAGAAGACAAUUAAUCAAUGUAACAAGGCGGUUGAUACCACAAGUCAAGAGAAUGAAGAAACUGAAGGGAAUGAAGGGAGUAAUGAUAUCUCAGAGGAUGAGAAUUUUGAAGAAUUCUUCACAAAACCACAAGAAAAUGCAGCUAAAGUUCCAAAAUCAGUGGAAAAGUUUGUUCUUUGCCAUGUAUGUGGUAUGGAAAUUUCAGCCAAAUCCGGUUGUGUCGAGAGUAGAUUAGCUAGUCACAUGAAAAAGCAUUCAGAUGUCCUUAAUUACAAAUGCUCUGUUAGAGGAUGCUAUCGUGCUUACAAAUGGUACAGUUCCCUUCGCUUGCAUGAAGCCUCUCAUCGGGAACUUCAACGUACCAACUAUAAAUGUGAUCUCUGCAGUAAAUCCUUUGUUUUUGCCUAUUUGCUCAAGAAGCAUAAAAAACUCCAUCAUAGUGCGGAAAUCCACCACUGUGAUAUUUGUGAUGAAAUCUUUGCAAAAAAAGAAGAAUUUGAUCUUCAUUUGGAGCAGAAAAAAUGCUCAGAUGAAAAGAGAAAGAGAUUGAAAAGGAAAAGUCCUCAACCGAAAGAAUCCCAAAAUUCCUUUAAAUGCGCCAUCUGCAACAGAAGCUAUCCCUUUAAGAAUAUGCUGCUGAAACACAAAAAGACACAUGAAAAAUUCGAAGAAGCCAUCAAGUGCCCCGAACCAGGAUGCAAUAAAUCCUUCCCCAUUGAGAAGUACCUCAAGAUUCACAUGAUGAGGCACAAUGAGCGUAGAUUUAAAUGCGCCAAUUGCAAUUGCACCUACAAAGAUCGCCGGCACAUUAAGCUUCACAUGGCUAUGGUUCAUUUGAAGCUUGAACCACAGCACAAAUGCCAGUUUUGUCCUUACAAAACGUGGUACAGUGCCCAAUUCAGAAGGCAUUUAAAGAGGCACAAAUGACACAAAACUGAAGGGAGAUAAAGGUGAAUAAAGACCUGAGGAAGGAGGUAUAACGUCUCCGAUAAGUUGUAUGAAUUGAAAGCGACGAAUUUCAAACAGAGCAAAUCCAUUUGAAUAAAGACGUUUUUUUUUUCUAAAAAACUAAUCCAAUUUCCUUCAGAACUUACUUCAUCAAACUGAUGACUUUUAAGAUAGUCAACAAACAGAUCCGCCAUUUUGAAAAAUUAAAGGACGCAAACUUUCUCUAAGCAACACUAACUGCUAAAAAAUCUGAAAAUUAACGGAGUAACUUAGCAUUAGUAAAUAAAAAAAAACAAACUUGAUGCUUUUUAAUGAUUUAAUUGAAAUAGAUUCCAUUUUUUUAUACAUCUUUUUUUACUCUUUGUAUAACAUUCAAUAUAGGAAAUACAAUUCUUUCUUACUGGUUUUGAAGAAUAAAUCUUAACACUUAUUGUCCACUUUAACGGGAAUAUUUUAUAAACAAAAAAUAUUCAUUUUUUUAUACUUUAUUUAGAAAAAAAAAUUAAUAAAUUUUCAACUAAGCCACACA